UUAUAAAAUCCUGUUUAAAUGUUUGGUGGAGACUGAAGAGGAAAGUCUUUAACUAUUGAAAGGAUCUGGGUUAAGGCGUUUCAUGUAAGCCUUAUCGUUGGAAGAGAAGAAAAAUGUUGAAGAGUAUUAACCUCCCUAUCUCCUGCAACUUCUCUAGCUUUCCUCAUCUAAAACCCUCCAGAAAAGCCCAAUCCCUAAGCCAACCCCGAAACCUCACCCUUGUACAAUCAAGAGCUCCUUUGCCUUUUCUGAAACCCGAUAGAAUUCUCCUUGGCAACAACAACAGACAAUUCUUGAAACACGAGAAGAAGGGUCUCUUCCAUGUGUGCAGAAGCUCACUAAACAACCCAGAUCCAGACAAAACUGAAAUUCAAGAUGAAGGAAGAGACUGGACGAGCUCUGUAUUGCUUUUCGCUCUCUGGGGUGCGCUUCUUUACUACUGCUUCAAUCUUGCUCCUGAUCAAACCCCAACACAAGACUUGUACUUUCUGAAAAAGCUGUUGAAUUUGAAAGGUGAUGAUGGUUUUAGAAUGAACCAGAUCCUUGUUGGGUUAUGGUAUAUAAUGGGUUUAUGGCCUGUUGUAUACGCUAUGCUCUUACUUCCCACUGGUCGAAGUAAAACUCAGGCAUGGCCUUUCGUUGUUUUUUCCUUCUUUGGUGGCGUCUACGCUUUGCUACCUUAUUUUGCACUGUGGAAUCCUCCUUCUCCUCCCGUUUCCGAGUCUGAGCUUAGACAAUGGCCUUUCAAUGUUCUGGAAUCAAAAGUGACUGCUGGGGUUACUCUUGUUGCAGGCCUGGGUUUAAUUCUUUAUGCCUUAGUUGGUAACGCCGGUGACUGGAAAGAGUUUUAUCAGUACUUUCGAGAGAGCAAAUUCAUACAUGUCACGAGUCUAGAUUUCUGCCUACUCUCUGCUUUUGCUCCGUUUUGGGUUUACAAUGACAUGACCGCCAGAAAAUGGUUUGAUAAAGGCCGUUGGCUGUUACCUGUAUCCGUGGUGCCAUUCUUGGGACCUUCUUUGUAUCUUCUCUUACGACCAGCAUUGUCAGAGACUACAGCUCCCACAGAUUCUUCUGCCUCAUCUUCUGACCCAAGUCAAUAGCAACAUCACGAUUAGAUUGAUGGUCUUUAGUCCCUUCUGUUGCCCUUUUGUUGAUGGAGUUAGAAUGAGAAAUAUUUGUAUAACAAGGGAGAGAGAACUAACAAAGGUUUCUAUAAAUGUUAAUGAAAGGUAAGUCAAACACAAAAUUGUCAAAGUAAUAUAUAUUUUAGGCAUUCAUC